CUGGGAGGGGCAAGUGGACAGUCCCCGUGUGAGAGAGAGGAAGAGAACACCCUGGAGAGCCCGCAGAUAUAAAACGCAGGCGGAAGUUCUAGUCAGGAGUCGUCGCCAGUCCCGCAGUCGUGAUCAGUGCUGCCCGCCGCUGGCACUGCGCUCCUCUCACAGUUUGCUGACCAUAUCCGGUAUUUGGAACUUCUAUUUGUAAGCUUAAAACACAAUGAGCAACUUCAGUGUGUCACUGGUAGGCCCAUCUCCAUGGGGAUUCAGGCUUCAAGGUGGCAAAGACUUCAACAUGCCGCUGACCAUCUCCAGGUUGAAUGACGGAGGGAAAGCUGCUAAAGCAAACAUUGGCAUUGGUGACGUGGUCCUUAGCAUUGAUGGUAUGAGCACCGACGGAAUGACUCACUUGGAGGCACAAAACAAGAUUAAAGCUUGCGCUGGAUCAUUGCAUUUGACCCUACAAAAAGCCGUGGCGAUACAGAACACUCCAAAUCCUCCACAAACGGAAGCACCAAAAGAGAUUAUAAAGCCAGUGCCCAUUGCAACGCCCAUCCCUGCUGUGCCCAAAGUCACAACUGCUGCUAGUGUGGCAUUCAACAAAGCACCUAGACCAUUUGGAGCCCCAUCUCCAUCCAAGCCUGCAUCAAUCCCUUCACCAUCCUCUGCCUUUACCCCAGCUACCCAAGCCUCAGCACAACCAUCCGCUUUCUCCCUGCUUGCUGCUGUAAACCCACCUGCCGCCACUACCACCGGAUUGCAUGCUAGUUACAAACCGUACACUGAUGGGCAGGCGCCUAUGACUAAACCUGCAGUCACCAAUAUCCCAAGGCAGCCUGCAAGCUACAGUCCUGUCAACCAGCAUUCUAAUAAUGAUGCUGCUAAUGUGCAAAGAAGAGGACAAAAUCUGGGGGACAAAUCUCAAAAUGGCCCUCCUCGCCAACACAUUCUGGAUGUUGAGACCGACUUCCAUCAUACUCCCACUUUCAGUGAUGCCAGCAAGAAGCGCCUGGUGGACAACACAGAAGACUGGCACCCUCGCACUGGUACUAGCCAGUCCCGUUCCUUCCGUAUCCUUGCUCAGAUGACUGGAACAGAAAACUUAACAGAACCUGAACCUGAAACUGUGGAUAGAAACAAGAAAAGCCAAGUUAUAAAUGGAGAUAUCAGUAUGUCUGCAGGUCUUCCAAUUAUUACAGACAGUCAUGCGAUUCCUGUGGAUGUAGCCAUGUGCACAACGAGUACUCAGACAGAGGAUGUUCUUUCCACCAGUGAACCUCCAACAGUAAAUCCAUCGUCACUGAGAUCAGAACCUACAUCUUUGGAAAAAUCAGGAAACGAGGAGAUAUUACCAGUUUCUAGUUUUACCACUUCUCUUGAAAAAACAUCUGUUGACCCUGGUCCAUCAAAUAAUCCACGAGAGAGAAGGGCUUUGUUUGACAAUCCUUUGGAAUCCUUGCCAAAAUGUGCGCCUUUCCCUCCUGCUACUGUUCGAACCUUAAAUGUAAUUAGUCAAGUAGCUACAAUCUCUAAGACUGCAUCAGUCUACAUGAGGUCCACUAUGAUUGUUCCCAGUCCUGUAGUAGAAACUACGUACGCAGAGAUUCCUGUAGGAAAUGGAAUGAGCGUGGAGAUUGGUCUUAGAGAGAAGUGCACUGUUUCAACUCAGACUUAUGAUCCCCCUGCUCCCCAGCAGUCGUGGACUUCCUGCGCUGCAGAACCACUUGCAUCCAAAGAGAAUUCACCGCCUAAGACGCUUAGCAGGCCUGUGAGCAUAGGCAACUCUGGAAGACAGACUUCUGCCGAACACGCCUCUUCUUUUUCUUCACAUAUUACUUUGGCCCAAACAAGUUCUUCUGCUAAAAAACCUUUGAUGGAAAAUCCUCUGGACCAGCUUCCAAAGUCUGCUCCCUGUCCUCCAUUGCUUGCACCUCUAACAGAACAAAACUCUAAAAGAAAGACUCACGCAGUUGCUGCAGUGUCUGCUGUUGUGGGUGCACAGGCAAGAUUGUCUGACCCCUUUGUAUAUCGUUCUCUCUUGGACGCACUUAUCAUAGAACCUGUCAUAAGGCAACCUGUUCCAAGUUCAAAAUUAGGAAGGAGAUCCACUGGUUUGAUAGGAAGUGAACCAUUUAUGAGUGAAUCACUGGAGCCUGCACCAGUCACUCGGACUGCUGGUGCAUCUUCAAAGAUAAUGCCUGCUUCCUACAACCCUACACCAUCUGCGUACAAGCCCAGUAGUUCAACAACUGCAGCCAAGCCAGGAGGCUGGCAACCAGGCCCAUCAACUGGAAGGGUUUCAAGUGCACCAUCUACAGUAAAACCAGCAACAAAUAACAAGCCAUUUGUACCACCUCCUGUAGAUGAUCAAGACACACUCUUCCAAAGGGCAGAGCAUAUACCUGCUGGAACACGUACCCCAAUGUGUGCCAAGUGUAACCUAGUCAUUAGAGGUCCAUUUUUGUUGGCUUUGGGGAAAUCAUGGCAUCCAGAGGAAUUUAAUUGUGCUCACUGCAAGAAGAGCAUGGUUGAGAUGGGAUUUGCUGAGGAGAAAGGUUUCCUGUAUUGUGAAAUUUGCUAUGAGAAGUUCUUUGCACCAGAUUGUGCCCGUUGUCAGAGAAAGAUUCUUGGUGAAAUUAUCAAUGCUUUGAAGCAGACCUGGCAUGUCUCCUGUUUUGUAUGCGUGGCCUGUCAAAAACCUAUCCAUAACAGCGUCUUCCAUUUGGAAGAUGGAGAUCCUUACUGUGAGAUGGAUUAUUAUUCCUUGUUUGGUACAAUGUGUCAUGGAUGUGAGUUUCCUAUUGAAGCUGGAGACCGAUUCCUUGAAGCGCUGGGCCAUACCUGGCAUAACACUUGCUUUGUCUGCUCUGUAUGUUGUGAGAGUUUGGAGGGUCAAACGUUUUUCUCAAAGAAGGAUAAACCACUCUGCAAGAAGCACGCCCACGCUGUUAACAUUUGAAGACUUAUCAUGACUGAAUGUGCCUUAUCUCAACAAAUUACUAUGACAAAUGAAUAUAGCCAUCAUACUGUAAUUAAGAUUGAGGUUUCUUUAGACUGCUCUUCAUGUAUGUAAUGCAUUGUAUGAAAAAAGGUGUACAAUUUAGACUGAGUUGGGAUAUACAUCAGAGUAUCUAGAACAAUCGAUAGCCAUGCAGUAAUUAUUAUUUGGGUCUCAUUUAUUUGGGUAGUACAACAGUGUGGUUAUAUGCUGCAUUGUACACACAUACCUGCAAAAACGCUGUUCUCAAGCCAAAAAUUUAUUUUUAUGUCAUUUUAAACAGCUUUUCAAUGUUAUUUCUUAAAACCGUUGCACACAUUUGAUAAAAGGGAAACCAAACUUUUUUCACAGGAUUUAUUUCCCUAAAAAUAUUUCUAUUUUAUUUUUUAAAUAAUUAACAGUUUUAAUACUUAAAUGGACUACAAUAUGCAUU